GCCUAUAAAUAAUAAGCCCAACAGCAACGGCUAAGGCAACAAAACAACAAAACGCUGGGAAAACCUCUUGGGUGAAAACGUCAAAAUCCGAAACCAAAUUCGGUUUCAGUCGUGAGCCAACCCUCAGCAGCUCCACAGCUCCAGAGCGAGUUCGAGCUUUUCUAGUUUCAUUUAACGUCUAUAUUUUGUUUUUAUUAUCGUUGGUUAUCCGUUGGCACUCCCGCGCUAAUUAGACAACCAGAUAGCCAAAGGCAAUCAGGCCAAAUGCCGUACAUUAUCAUACGAGGUAACCUAGCCUCCUACAGUCACAAAUAUCCAUGGCGAGUGCUCGUCUCUGGAUUGAAAGCUGACGACAUCGAGCAGUUGAACAAGUUCUCGUGCGGCGGUUACAGUGAUGAGUCCACCAUCGUCUACUUAGUGCAUCCUUGUCGCAUUCUAUCGGCUCUUGAGAUUUUGGGUUUUCGUGUAGUGGCCAGCUCAUCGACGGCCGUGAAGCAGGACUACAACGAGUACAUGUGGACGAUGCGCAAGGAGUUCGACGAGCCAGAACCCUUGGAGGCCGAGUCCGUGGUGCGUGAAAAUCUGUCGAAUAUAGGCCGGGAGGCAGCCAGUUUAGGCAACUAUCACAAGGUGGAUUCUCCCGAAUAAGGACACCCCUCCUAUUCGAAACAACAAAAAUACCCGCAACUCUACUCUGUAUAAUUUAGUGUGUGUUUGUGUGUCUGACUGUGAAGGGUGUGUGCAAUUGCGUGUUUCCGUGUGUUUGUCGAGGAAGUGAAGAGAGAGAGA